AUGCCGUUCGGCGAGAUGACCAUCACGCUAGAUGAUGUUUCAUGUCUUCUUCAUGUACCGAUUAGGGGCGAGCUGGUUGACCCCGAUGUUGUUGUCACCGAUUAUGAUGCUAUCCAUCUAGCUGUUGAGUUGUUUGGUGUUUCACUGAGUGAUGCAACUACGGAGGCUUCUACUGUUAGGGGUUCUUACUAUAAAUUGGAUUGGUUGAAGCAAAUUUUUGAGCAACAAAGAGCGACAAAUAACUUUACGGGUGCUAUGAGAGCCUACAUGAUGUUGCUAUUAGGUUGUACUAUUCUUGCCGACGAGACUUUUACUCUUGUCGAGGCAAAAUAUCUACCACUGUUUAGAGAUUUGAGUACUUGUGGAAGAUAUUGCUGGGGGGCAGCUGCACUGUGUUGGAUUCAUGAGUAUUUUCCAACUGUUGGAAAGAGAGGUACUUCUGGAUUAUGUGGUAUUGAUAGUCCAAUGGCUAGGGCGAUGAAAUGGGAAUAUAGGCAGGGGACGCAAAAAGUGUCUGACAUCCGAGCUGUGUUAGAUCAGUUGACUCCUCACGAUAUCGUCUGGAGCCCUUUUGAGGAUCACAGUGUGCACCGUCCUUUUGAUGAUAUCUGUUUGUACCAGGGUGGUUUGAAGUGGUAUGGUACUGUAGUUCUAUAUUUACCUGACAGAUGCAUGCGUCAGUUUGGAUACAGACAGUACAUACCGACUGCUCCUCCAAAUAUAGACACACUUGAUGUGGAUGUUGAGUGGGCUACAUAUAUGCAGAGUGUGUUGCAGGUGAUCCGAUCCCACGAUGAUCCACCAGCUGCGUUUGCCACCAUGCCAUAUGAGACAGACGAUGAUUAUUUGCCAUGGUAUUAUACGGUGUCACAUCCUCGUUUGAGAGCACCACUGGAUGAUCAGCCGAUGGAGGUACCAGUGCCUGUCUAUGACGAAGGACCGUCAGACCCGAGAUUAUCAUAUAUAUCUCAUGAGCUUCAUCAUUACUUACUGCGUCAUCAGGCUGUUCCUGAAGACGAACAGUUUCUGGAGAUAUUUAGAGCACUCAGACUUGCACAGGGCGGACCAUUACCUAGGGAAGGUCCAAUUACUUAUGACAAUGAGUCUGAUUGA